AGAGUUAGACUCAGUAUGUUUAUAGAAAACAAGCCCCGUCGCUUUGAACUAUGGGUAGUGAGGAUCUGUUUCCUGGGGAUUACUGAUUAGAGCGCAACCCGUGUGCAUCCGGAAAUUAGUCCGUGUGGAAGGUUUUGUUUACAGAAUAAUGGAUGAAUUUAAAGGCUGUGAUCUGGACUAUUUCCCCGAGAACAUCUUGAUAGAUGUGUUGUCGUUCUUGAGCGUCAGAGAGCUUGUUCGAGCUGGAAGGGUUUGUAAGAGAUGGAAACGCCUGGUCAAAGACCAAAGACUGUGGAGAACAGUAGAUCUGACUGCAUGGAAAGGGGUGACAUCCCGCAUCCUCUGGGUCUUGCUGCGUCAGUAUUUUGGUUGUGGACUGAGGUGCCUUCGCCUGCGCGGCCUGCUGCUUUCUGCCCGCGGUGGAACCUUCCUCUCAGAGUCGUGGCUCAAAGGUUUAUCCAACAAAUGCCCUCGCUUGAGCAAGCUAUGCCUUCUACAUGCAGACUUGAGAACCUUACCCAACUGCCACCUCCUGCCUCCUUCUCUACGCGUGCUGGAGCUCCGUGGUUGUGAGCUACCUCGGGGCUUUUUUUGUCAGACCAAGGAUUCCUCGCCUGCUUUUCCUCAGGACAGAGCGGUGGCUACAUCCAGCGCUGGUGGUCCACAGCAAGGAAAAGAUCAAAAAGUCAAGGGGCAGGCCUCUCCUUUAGGCAUUAGUAUUGAGAGUCUAGUUCUUAACAAUGUCCCCUCUUUUACAGAUCAGCACCUGCAGAGUCUGACAUCAUGGGAGAGGCUUAGUCGUUUAGAACUUCGUGACACAUUUCGUAUAACUGCAAAUGGGCUAAGAAGCUGUGCAGCUAAAGAUGGCAUUUCAGGUAUGGAGGGCCUUGCCAAGCUCAAGUUUCUGGAGUUAGGUAUUACAGCAAGGCAAGGAUACCAGCUGCAGAUGGCCUCCCUUGGGCUGGGGGCAGGAUGGCUUGGAUUAGAAGAGCUGAGUCUCGGCGGUAAGGAGGUAGGGCCAGGUUUGCUGUGUGCCAGCCGCCUGAAGGAUCUGAAACGCUUGUGCUUGUGGGCCUGCACGCUGAGUGAGCUGCAGAUCGUGCGCAGCUGCAGGAUGCUCCGUGGACUCCGCCAGCUCCAGUUUGAAGACGUUGUCUUCCAGCCUCGGCAGACUCCACCGACAGAUGAGGAGGAAAGGAGCAACGAAGAACAGCAAGACGGAGAGGAACAUUCAGAGACAGAAAGCAGUGAUGACAAUAAGACCCAAGACAUGAAUGAUCCUUUUCCAAGCCUUAGGCGCUCGUUGGCCGUCAUGCUGCCUUCCUGUAGUUUGGUGUUUACCAACUGCUCUGUUCAAAUGAACGCAGACUGAUAGAGGUCUGACUUAAUGCCACAACUAACAAACUAGUCCAUAUAAAUCUUGGGAAGACAGUUGUAGUUUAGUACUAACGGCAAUUACCAUAAUCAGAAAAUUCUCCUACAGUCUAUGUGAUUGUAAUACAACGUUUAUGGAAUUCCACAUUCAUAUUCACAGCUGUGCUCAUAUGAAGAGGAAGUGAAGAUUUAUCCUUUUCUCCCUCAGAAAGAGGGCAAAAAAAGCCUAUUAAAUGACUGACCGGUUAAGUGGAGUUCAUCAUGUAAACUUCUUUUAAUCCUUAUCAAAAUUAGAAAAGGUUGUUUCAUAUUUUUAGGAAGUCUGGGGUAGAAAAUAUGUAAAAAAAAAAAAUGUUGCAUUUUUAAAAAUAGACGUUUAAAUAGAUAUUUUCAGAAUUUCUCAGACGAACCAAAAUGAAAGCUUCAUGUUGUAUGUUGUGAUAGAAUCUAACUUUCAAACUCUUCAAGGUAAAUUACCCGGAGAUCGUUCACAUACACAAGGUUAGACUAAUUCAUCACAUUGAUGUAAACAUCAAUUUAAAGGACAAACCUAUUUUCUCCCCUUUUAAAAAAAACGUGCCUCAUGGACUGGUAGUUGUUAAAGAGAGGUGUUGUAUUAUGAAUGUUGUGAAAUUAAAACAGUAUUUACUGUCACAAAAGAUGUAUUGCUCUAUCGUUAAUCAGUUUCUUUUCUUUCAGGUGAAUCAAUGAGUUCAGUUUUUAAAAAUGAAGAAGUGCUAAUAAGUGAAUCAUUUCAAGAUGCAUCCUUAGGUUGUUUUAAAAGAAGAAAGCAGAACUGUCACUGCUCGACUGUCUGACAUGCAUGUGUUGGCUGCAUUGCCGAAGAACUAAAACAAGCCGGAAAAAAACAGCAACAUUGCACCUGUUUCCUGUUACUCAACUGGUUUUUACCAGUUUUUACAGUCACGGAUCAUACAAUUCAUCCCGAUGUAGCAGGUUGUGGGGAUGCAAAUGCACUGUGUACUGCUAAAUACGUUUCAAGUUGCAAUUAUUAUUAUUAUUAUUUUUUAAAUUUGUGAUAAUAAAUCUGAAUGUGAACAAAAACUU